AGAGAAAGAAAAGGGUUGGACUUAGUGAGGAAGUAAACCACAACCUGUGUUGCGCUUCCAUCAGAAACCAGUUUUAAAGAAAGUCUAUUCUACGAGGAGACUGCCCGAUGCCACCAAGCCCCCGACUGAAACACAAAACAAAGAUUUCUCUGUGCGUAAGACGAGGCUCAUUUUUUUAUCUCAGCUUGGGUUGCAUCUCGAGUUGCUUCGUCGGGAAUACUUUUAACCUGUUGAUUCUGUGCUACAAGUGCACUUCAUUCUCUAUUUCAGUAAUUGUGCUGGAUUAGUUUUUGUUUUGUUGUGCGCAAUGAUGACCACUUACCAAAACCCGGAGGAUGAUGCAAUGGCCUUGAUGGUCCACGACACCAACACUGCCAAAGAGAAAGAACGACCCAAAGACGAGCCCGUCCUGGACAAGAGUUCGGAGAAAACGGACCCGUCCCAGAAACCCCCAUAUUCCUAUGUCGCUCUCAUUGCCAUGGCCAUUCGAGAGAGCUCCGAAAAGCGCCUCACUCUGUCCGGUAUUUAUCAGUACAUCAUCAGCAAAUUCCCGUUCUACGAGAAAAAUAAGAAAGGCUGGCAAAACAGUAUUCGACACAACCUAAGUCUCAAUGAAUGCUUCAUCAAGGUGCCCCGGGAGGGCGGCGGUGAGAGAAAGGGAAAUUACUGGACCCUCGAUCCGGCGUGCGAGGACAUGUUCGAGAAGGGGAACUACCGUAGGAGACGCAGAAUGAAGCGACCCUUCAGACCUCCACCAACCCACUUCCAGCCUGGGAAAUCACUCUUCGGUGGGGACGGAUACGGCUACUUGUCUCCACCCAAGUACCUGCAGUCCAGCUUCAUUAACAACUCUUGGUCUCUUGGCCAACCGCCUACACCGAUGUCCUAUACCUCCUGCCAGAUGGCCGGUGGCAACGUGAGUCCCGUCAAUGUGAAAGGACUGUCAGCUCCCUCCUCCUAUAACCCGUACUCCCGAGUGCAGAGCAUGGCUCUCCCAAGUAUGGUGAACUCUUACAACGGCAUGAGCCAUCACCACCACCCGCACCCUCACCAUCCUCAGCAGCUGAGCCCCGCCACUGCGGCACCUCCCCCCGUCUCCUCGAGCAACGGAGCGGGCCUUCAGUUUGCCUGCUCCCGCCAGCCUGCCGAACUUUCCAUGAUGCAUUGUUCGUACUGGGACCAUGAGAGCAAACACUCGGCAUUACACACAAGGAUUGAUAUUUAGUUUACGAGCAUGUCACUUGUAAAAUUGACUCUUAAAGAGAGUCUACUCCUCCCAGUUUUCAAACAAGAACCAAAGUAUUUUUGAAGUGACAAUAUUCUGACGGGCUCUUUUGAUCCAGCUAAUGUCUUGAAAAGCCAUAUGGAGAAAUGUAAGCAUGGAUGUUGAGAUCAUUUUUUGGGAAAAAUGGAAGUAAGGGAGCCAUCGAGGACGCAUGAGGUAGCAGAACUUUUUCGGGGGCAUUGACGCACCAAUGUUUGAGAGAAAUCUGUGUUUUUGUGGUUUUCAAUAUUUGUAAAAGGAAAAGAAGAUAUAUAAAAACAUUUCGAGAUCCCCAUUCAAAGGAAUAGGCGAGAUAAAUAAUUCAAGGCUGCGUUUGAUCAGUAUGCGUAAUGACAUCUCAAGUUUAUAGAGGCAUACUAUUACUGUUGCCAAAUUAAACAAAAAACACACUCUCGAAAUGACUAUGGCUUUCAUAACAUUACUUGAGAGAGUGAUAAUUGAACUAGGACGUAAUUAGGACAUAGAAUGUGAACUGAGCGGUUUCAGGUGAAAUGUUGAUUCUUUCCCAUGUUUUUUAAGUGACAAAAUCCAUAGGCCUAUGACUUGCAGGUGGGAAUAGAAAACCCUCACAUCAUAACAAAGAUAUUUUACUUCAGGGGUCAUUUACUUAUUAGGCUUUGAGGCCCCCGAUAGAAAAUGUUUAGUUUCAAAUAACACCAGCCAGUGACAGAUUU